AAUCAAUCAAAGUCGUCGUCAUCUGAUUGGUUGCAGCUGUGUCAAGUUGUGUAGCAGGUCACGUGGUUGUGCAAAGAUGGAGGAGUUUGCGUUGGAGCGGUACUUUGAUGAUUCGAUCGCAAAUGACUCCUGCCUCAUGGUGGGGGAGGAGCUGGGCCUUCAAAGCCCCGCCCACCCACUUCCAGGCCCCGCCUCUACAAGUCAGGACUCCACCCACCAGUCGACAAAGGCGGGGCCCAGCCGAGAGCUGGCGGACGAGCUGGACCUCAGCUUCCUUCCUGACGAGCUCGGCGCGCAGGACGACGCAGGUGUCAACAUGUCCCACCACAGCGGCAUUGGGCUGGACUUCCCUUCCCAGAAUUCCUCGGUGACCCCAAAUAAACCCUCGCAAGAGUCACCCACGGCCGGCCCCUCCCUUUUCUGCCCCAUGACGCCCAUGGCCCCUAUGACACCCAUGACGCCGGUGACCGAGAGGUCAGGAAUCGUCCCUCAGCUGCAGAACAUCGUGUCCACUGUCAACCUGGGCUGUCCUCUAGACCUCAAGUUCAUCGCUCUUCAAGCCAGGAACGCCGAGUACAACCCCAAGCGCUUUGCCGCCGUCAUCAUGAGGAUCCGCGAGCCCAGAACCACAGCACUGAUCUUCAGCUCAGGGAAGAUGGUCUGCACCGGAGCUAAGAGCGAGGAGCAGUCUCGACUGGCGGCCAGGAAGUACGCCCGUGUGGUGCAGAAGUUGGGCUUCUCCGCUCGCUUCCUGGACUUCAAGAUCCAGAACAUGGUGGCCAGCUGCGACGUCUGCUUCCCCAUCCGACUGGAGGGACUGGUUCUGACCCACCAGCAGUUCAGCAGCUACGAACCCGAGUUGUUUCCGGGCCUCAUCUACCGGAUGGUGAAGCCUCGAAUCGUCCUGCUUAUCUUCGUGUCGGGGAAGGUGGUCCUGACCGGAGCCAAAGAGCGCAGCGAGAUCUACGAAGCCUUUGAGAACAUUUAUCCCAUCUUAAGAGGCUUCCGGAAGCAGUGACAUCACUUCCUGUUUCUUUGUAAAUAGAUGUGCUUUGGGUUUGAUGACAAAUAAAUUACACCCUCCCGCUGCGUUUUAUAGCUUAACAUAAA